CUGUUGAGAUUAUGGAUCACAUAAUAGCCGGCACAAGAAAAUGGUCUGACCUUUUUGCAAAACAUAAUUUUUUUGGAAGAUAUCGUUAUUAUCUGCAAAUUAUAGUAUUAUCCGAUUCUUCUGAAAAACAUUUGAAAUGGUCUGGUAGAGUAGAAUCCAGAAUCCGUUAUUUAAUAUCAAAGCUGGAAAAAAUAGAGAAUCUUGCUUUAGCACAUCCUUUUGCAAAGGGGUUUAAUAAUAUUCAUCAUUGUAUAAAUGAUCAAAUGAUGAAGGAUGUGAUGCAUGGGAUUUUUGAUUCAGCAUCAAUCAAUGAUAGAACCAAUUUUGAAUUAUCGCAAAACGUACAAAAUGUCUCAGACACAGCAUUCGUUCGUGUUAUAUAUACUACUACUUUUUACAUUGGUUUGGAAAUCGAAA